AUGCUCCCCAAUGCCCUCAAGGCCAAAUAUGGCAGCAUUGUCCGCUUUGAAAUCGGCCCCCAGACUUCGCAACAAGGCCAUGAAAUUGCGCAACUUAACCACGAACGGAUCUCAGCAUCAUUUAUUUCCAUCACGAAGCGUUUCAGGAAGUUAAGAAUUGUCAUUGACGUAGUUGACGUAAAGAAAUCGGACUUGGCUAUUCCGUAUAGUAUCUGGACAUACUAUGGACAGUACCCUGUUUGACACCAGCCACCCAACCCCACCAACCCAACAACAAACAGCCAGCUACCAAAGCAAGGUUGUCAGUCCCGUUGCUCUUCUUCCUCCUGCCAACAGUGUUUAUCAAUCGGUUCUGGGAGUUUGACGGUAAUGCAAGAAAGCCAUCACCAACCCAGCCCACCGAGAUCUCCCUGUGAAAGAGGCGAAGCCGAUGGUGGGUUCGAGUCAAAGAACCACGCUAUUCUCAAACAUGGGUAUAUGCUGCUUUGUAUGACCCCGGGGAGGGGGAGGGGGGGAGAAUAAUAAUAAUAGUGUUGGGCGGCGUUUCCGAAUCAUCGUGCAAGCAUGGCUGGCCCCCUGCAUGCCUGAAGUGAACAUGAGGAUUGCGAUAGUUCCACGCCUUACUUUCUUCCUCCUCCUCCUCUCCUCAGAGAAACGAGAGUGGCUGGGAUACUCUGCCGAUUCCUGGCAGAUUUCUGUAUGUACUGUACUUACUUGUACCUUCGGCCCCUAGUACGCAUUUGUCAGAUUAUCACGUAGCAAAGAGUGAACAGCGUAACCAAAAGAAGAACAAGAAGAAGGAAAGUAAAAAAAAGCAAAGGGGUUCUUCCCGUCGGCUGCACCCUGUCACUGGGACUGGGAAGAAAACAGGGGGUUAGAACUUAGCAGGAGGAGGGAAGAAGUUAAGUUACCAUUAAUCAUGUUACCAGACCAUCGAGCCCAGACGCAGGGCGUUUUUUUUUUUUUUUUUUUUUUUU